AUAAAUAAUAAUAAUAAUAAUAUUAUUAUACAUACGGUCGUGUCUUGUAUUUUCUUUUUGUCCCCUAUGGUGUUCUAAACAUUCACGCUGAUAGACAAUGGUACAACAAAGGCCUUUUAUUUAUUAGUUUAAAACUCCCCCGUUGUCGCGUUACGUAGCACAAACAUUAUUAUUAUUAUUAUUGGACAUCCAUUAUUUUCCACUGUACACCACCCCCGCUCGAUACAACACCAUUUGAUCCUUCUGUGCGCACAGUAAAUGGCCGAAAAAUCGUCGACAUUUUUUUAAUCAAUUUAUUGUAUUAUUAUGGCCAAUUGGAUGGUCUAAAGUACAUAUUGCAACGAAAAAGUUACUCAGUUUCAACAAUUUAAAAAUGGAGGAAAGUCACCCAACAUCGUCGUCUGAUAUAACAGAAAACAAUGAAGACGAUUGUAAAGUAACUUGGACACAUCCAAGUCAUAUUUUUCAACGACUUAUAGCAUUAUUUUUGAUGUGUUUAAUUGGAUUUGGUUCAUAUUUUUGUUUUGAUAAUCCUGGAGCAUUACAAGAUAAUUUUAUUCAAGACAUGAACUUAACAACUUCUCAAUUUGUCUAUCUGUAUUCGUGGUAUUCAUGGCCGAAUGUUAUAAUGUGUUUCAUUGGUGGAUUUUUGAUUGACAGUGUUUUUGGAAUACGAUUAGGUACUGUCAUCUACGCAUUAUUGGUUGUUCUUGGUCAAAUAGUAUUUGCUGCUGGAGCAUAUUUGAACGCCCUCUGGAUUAUGAUACUUGGCCGUCUGAUAUUUGGAAUUGGUGGAGAGUCAUUGGCUGUUGCUCAAAAUAACUAUGCAGUAUUGUGGUUUAAAGGAAAAGAACUUAAUAUGGUGUUUGGAUUUCAAAUAAGUUUUGCCAGAGUUGGUUCAACAGUGAAUUUCAUAAUUAUGGAACCAUUAUAUCGAUAUAUAAAAAAUCAAAUAAAUGUCCCUAACUAUCAAAGUUUAUCAAUUGCUUUGUUAGUUGCAAGUUUAACCUGUGUCUUAUCAUUGGUAAGUGCCUUAUUACUUGCUUGGCAAGAUAAAAGAGCCGAAAAACUACUACACCGAAAAACACCUGAUGCUACUGAAGUCGUAAAAAUGUCUGAUGUGCGAUACUUUCCAAAAGUCUUUUGGCUAGUUACAUUCAUUAUUGUUUUCUAUUAUACAUCAAUUUUUCCAUUUGUUGCAUUAGGAAAAGUAUUCUUUGAAAAAAAGUAUAACUUUUCACCCGAUUCAGCCAAUUUGAUUAAUGGCAUUAUUUACAUCAUAUCAUCUAUAUGUGCACCAGGACUUGGUUUAGUCAUUGAUAAAACUGGAAGAAACCUAUUUUGGGUAUUCUUAUCAAUUCUUGGUACCUUGGUUUCACAUAUGUUCUUGGCAUUUACAUUUGUGAACCCUUAUAUUGCCAUGUUCACAAUGGGAUUGUCUUACUCAAUGUUGGCAAGUGCAUUAUGGCCUCUGAUUGCAAUGGUUAUUCCUGAACAUCAAAUGGGAACAGCAUAUGGCAUAGCACAAUCCGUUGAAAAUCUUGGUCUUGCUGUUGUUGCUUUGUUAAGUGGUAUAAUAGUUGAUUCAGAUGGUUACUAUAUGGUGGAAUUAUUUUUCUGUCUUUUAUUAUCUGCUGCUUUGUUGCUGACGGCUAUUUUGUGGACAUGGGAUUCAAUGAGUAAUGGAAUAUUAAAUAUGAGUAUUAAACAAAGAAAUCAACUUGAAUCAAACAAAACUCCUUCUCCGGAAAAACAAAAUCUUUUACACAAUAAUGACACCUAUACCGAAGACUAAAUAUUAACCUUAACUUUUAAGUAAACUUUUAUAUAUUAUGUAAGAAAUUAAUCUUUGAACAAUAUGUUAUCUUUAAAUAAAUAAUUAAAUCAUAACUUAUACUGAUUUAUAACAAAUAUAUUCAUAAACCAAAUUAUAUUAAAUUCAUACUUAAACAUUACAUGUGCAUAUUGUUUGUACAUGCAUGUCGCAUAUGUAAAUGAUCAGUAUAAACAGUAUGAUUUUUUUAAACAUAGAAGACUAAUUAUUUUGAAAUAUUAAUUUUUUUUUUUUAUGAUUUUAAAUACAUCAAACUAUAUUUUUAAA